CUGAGGCAUAAGACGUUAUUGGCAUGGCGGAUAAGGCCGUAACGUCAAAGAAGUGCUGACUAAUGGAACAAGUCAUCACCGGUGGACGAGAAGACGGAGUCAAAGGCGAAGCCAGAGACAAAGGAACAACACAGCCUCAAAAUAACGAGGAAUCACUCAUUCGCCGCAUCAUUAACAAGUAUCCAGUCUGAUCACGGCCCUGAUUGUACCACGUUCUCUGAUCAUUCCCGCUGUUUCUCGCAUCCACGUGAUUGAUUUGUCUACUUAGGUGCCUGUUAAGGCGGUGAAUGGGAAGACGCUAGGACCUUUGCUUAGACUCAUCCCCCGCGCCUCCAUCAGGCUUCGACCUUCCACUCCAACUCUUCUUCCUCUUCCUCAUCGUAAAGCGCAACAACCACCCAAUCUCUUACAACCACAUCCAACCUCAAGCACCCAAAUAACUCAAAUUCAAACCUAUUCAUCAUGCGAAGCAAGUUUAAGGACGAGCAUCCCUUCGAGAAGCGGAAGGCUGAGAGCGAGAGAAUACGUCAAAAAUACUCCGAUCGCAUCCCCGUUAUCUGCGAAAAGGUCGAGAAGUCAGAUAUCGCGACUAUCGACAAGAAGAAGUACCUGGUGCCAGCUGAUCUCACCGUCGGCCAAUUUGUCUACGUAAUCCGAAAGCGUAUCAAGCUCUCCCCCGAGAAGGCCAUCUUCAUCUUCGUCGAUGAAGUUCUCCCACCCACUGCAGCUCUCAUGAGCUCCAUCUACGAGGAACACAAGGAUGAGGAUGGGUAUGUCGCUCCCUGUUUAGUAAUUCCGUCAUCGAGAGUGGGGUCUGUGGUUGGUUAUUUCGGGAGCUUAGGAUAAUGAAGUCCUGCGCUCCGGCUCGAAGAACGCUCAUGACCUCAGAUACUCUCGUUCCUGUUGUUUGUAAUUUAGAGGAUGAAUACUAACAUGUCCUCUUCCAGAUUCUUGUAUAUCUCCUACUCGGGCGAGAACACCUUUGGCGAGGAAUACGCCAUCUAAGCCCUUCCUUACGAAUCCUCUUUUCGCUUCUCGUCUUCUUCUCGGUCAACCUCUCACGGCGUUUC